GUCAGCGAGUACGUUUCACAGGAUCCGGGCCUAGUAGUGUUGCCGCUGGGACUCUCCUCAUCCGCUUUCAAAAAAUCGGAAAUUGGCCCAUUUAAACGCCAAAAUGAGCGGGUUGAGGGUCACGUUGGCGGUGGCCGACACCGGAAUGGGAGGAACCAUGCCAGCAUGAGUGGGCCUUACCCAGGCCCUGGCAGGGAGACUCAUCAGUCCAGCUGCCCUUUGACCCCCAGCCGUGACCUCUCCGCCCACUCUUGCCAUGACCACAGGAUCGGGCUAACCAUGUCUGCCGCCGCCGCCUCCUCCCUAAAGCAUGCAUCCGUUUAUGGGUUCACACAAAGAGACCACUCCCCUUCCUCUUCUUCCACCUACAGUCCUCUCAGGAGGCUGCAACAUCUCACCACCAUGGUGAGCCAGCCGGACCUGGUCCUGCCGAUGAGGGAGCCAGAGAGGAGCUGGGAGUGGGGUGGGAAUAAGAAGGAGAGGGGGAAGGGGAUGGAGAGGGACUCCUGGGCUGAUUGCACUGGCAGUGAUUAUUCUGGCACCCAGAACACAAGCAAAGGGGAGAGCUUUGGCGGCUCUACCGGUGGACAAAAACAACCCGUGGCCCAAACUAGAAGUAGAGACGCGCCAGCGGCCAAUCGCGGCGAUCCCGUGGCGUCUGAGAAAAAGACGGAAGCUCUCUUCUCGGGCCCGCCCAGCCCGGCCUUCUCUCUGGAUAGCAACAGCCCCUUCGCUAACGGCUUCCUGCACUUUGAAUCCUCUUUGUUUGAGGAUGACGACAACGAUGAAGAGCAGGGCACUGUGUCACCUCUGGGGGAAAGCUCGCAGGACAAACGAGAGACCGCGGGGAAUGUCCUCCAGUCCACUCCUGGACACUCUAACUCGGAGUCCAAGGAUGUUACCGGCUCGUCAGCCAAGGUGGUCACCCGGUCCCAGUCCUCGGGGCAGCGCAGGAGAUACUGGGACGGCUCGGAUGACGAGUGGGAGAGCGACACCGAGCUGCUCCUGCUCGAGGAUUGUCCCUCAAUGCAUUCAUUGAACAGCUUCAAGAAAAAGUCUUUGCCGCUGGUGAAGUUUUUAGAAGGUGAAGUUAUUUGGGCAAAGUUCAACCGAAGACCAUGGUGGCCGUGUGAGGUGACCCUUGACCCGACACAGGGAAUCUAUCACAAAGUGAAAGAGCCGAGUGACCGUCCCUGUCGGCUCUACCAUGUCAGGACCUUUGGGGAGCCCGUGGAGCUCACCUGGGUGGAGGACAGAGCAACUCACAGUUUCCACGGAGGCUUUGAAUUUGAACAACUCCCCCUACUUCGCCGGAGGGGGAAGCAAAGGGAGCAGAACUACAAAUACACUAUUGCAAAGCGUUUUCAGGACUCUUGGAAAUCCAGUGUGGCAGAAGCUGAAUCUGUUCUCCAAGAGAGACCCAAAAUAGCUUCCUUCAUUCCUUCGUCUCUAGACGAUGCCUUCCAUGACAGUUCUCCACCGAAGAGAGAAAACAAGGCCCAUCCAGCCUUUCCUCCCGCCACUUCACCAACCCUUCCUGAGACAUUGCACAUUACCAAUGGAUCCAUUUCAUCCCCAAGUACAACUCCAGCAAAGACAAGCACUUUAAGGAAAUCUUCUGGCAAGAAGAAAACAAGUAAAUCGUCAAAGGACACGAGUAGUAAAAACUCUAAAAAGACGUUGCAUAAUAGCCCUGACCAAUCAGAUCAAGACAAUGGAGAGUGCCCGUAUUCUGACCUUGACUCAGUCCCUAAGAUUUUGUGUCCCAAAGCACUUGAACGUCAGUCGAAGCUAGCUCCGACUCAGCCAUCUGUUACAGUAGUCAAAGAGGUGAAAAAGCAGCCAGAGAUUCAGAGUGGUCUUUGGUUCAGUAAAUCCGGCAAAGACAGACGACCUAAAACAUCCAGUCCGGUGCCAGACCGCACUCUGUUUGGUAAGGUGCCCUGUAAGAAAAAAAACUCUAUUGUAAGUAAAAAGUAUCAGAUUCCUAGUGCGUCCUCCUCCAGUGGUGGGCCCACUGACCAGUCAGUGUUGUCAGACAAGCAUAAGACUCCAGUACCUGCUGAAACAAAUCAGUCACCUGAACAGUACGGACAUUUAAAGUGUAAAAACACCCCAGUUGUUGAUGGGCCUUUUGGUACAACUGGCAGUUCCACUGGCCAGUCAAGAUUGUCAGACAAGCAUAAGACUCCGGUACCUGCUGAAACAAAUCAGUCACCUGAACAGUACGGACAUUUAAAGUGUAAAAACACCCCAGUUGUUGAUGGGCCUUUGGGUACAACUGGCAGUCCCACUGGCCAGUCAAGAUUGUCAGACAAGCAUAAGACUCCGGUACCUGCUGAAACAAAUCAGUCACCUGAACAGUACGGACAUUUAAAGUGUAAAAAUACCCCAGUUGUUGAUGGGCUUUUGGGUACAACUGGCAGUUCCACUGGCCAGUCAAGAUUGUCAGACAAGCAUAAGACUCCGGUACCUGCUGAAACAAAUCAGUCACCUGAACAGUACGGACAUUUAAAGUGUAAAAACAUCCCAGUUGUUGAUGGGCCUUUGGGUACAACUGGCAGUUCCACUGGCCAGUCAAGAUUGUCAGACAAGCAUAAGACUCCGGUACCUGCUGAAACAAAUCAGUCACCUGAACAGUACGGACAUUUAAAGUGUAAAAACAUCCCAGUUGUUGAUGGGCCUUUCAGUACAACUGGCAGUCCCACUUUCCAGUCAAGAUUGUCAGACAAGCAGAGGUCACUUGUCACUGUUGAGACUGGUGUGUCAUCUGACAAAUGUGGAUAUGCAAAGGUUAGACAGACGGUGAGUAAUACAGUUGACAUUGUUACUGGCUCAACGUCAGACCAAUUGGGUUGCUCAGAUGUGAAAAAGGACUUAGAGCCCAGUCCAGUAAGUUUCAUGAACCAAAGUAGGUUGAGUGUAAAGAAAGUCAGUCAAACUCAACAUUCUGACUUUAUGGCUGAUAAAAAGGUCUGCGUAAUUGACAGGAUUUCUGACAAAGCAGAAGAAAACGAAAGUAACAAGAAUACAGUGUCCACUGUAAAUGUUGACACUACUGACCUAUUAGCAAGUCUAGACAAACAAACAAGUCUGGUUUCUAAGUGUAGGCUACCUUUUGUCAAAUUGAUACGCAAGGACAUAAAAGGUAGGAAGUUCCUGAACUCCAGAGUUACCAUUAGUCCCGAGGACCAACCUAGAUGUACAAAGAAUGAGAAAACACCAGAUACUACUGUGACUAAAAUGUCCUCUAAACCGUCAGAUUGGGUUGACGGUAAGGCAAGGGUCUCCAUUGAUCAGACUGACGGUUCAGAAUCCACAAAGGUCUCAGUUAAGAAGUUAAAAGCUAGUGGUGGUACUGCUAUUCUUCGUCUCUCGUCAGAAUCACGUCAAGGUAAAACUAUAGUUGCCUCAGAAGUGGCAAGUGUGUCUGAGUUGCGUAUCCCAGAAACUGUAAAUGUAAGCCCAAGCAAUGUGACUUACUCAUCCUCUAACCAAUCAGAACAGUCAGAAUGUAAGAAGACUCCUGCAUCCAAAGCAACAAGCAUGUCCUCUGAACAGUUAGGCAGUUCAGAGCAAAACUCUACUCGUACAACCCCUCCACCUUCUCACCUGCAUGGCAAUUUAGCCUGUAGGAAAGCUCCUGUGCACGAAGGCCUGUGUUCUGCAAAAUCCAAGAAAACUGUCCACAAAUCAAAGCAGGUUCUUGAUGAAGUCAAUAAAGUCCUACUUCAAGAGCAGCCUGCCCACCUCCCUGCCAGCAGUCGCUUGAUGACCAGAGCCCUGAAGGCAAUGCAGGAGGCGGAUCAGAAGAAGCAGGAAAAAGCCCAAAAGGAGGCUGAGCAGCAAAAACUCUUAAAUCCAGACAGAAAAGCUGAGGAACAUGUGUGUAAUUCUGCGCAUAACUCCAAACUGGACUUUUUCUCUAAAAUGAAAUCUCUUAAAUCUCUCAAUAACAAUGGUGAGUGUGAUCAGGACAUCUUUUCUAGCUGUAGUACCCCCGCUUCGACAUUGUCUGACUCGGAUGUUGGUGUCAAGAGCGAAGAUGAAGAUCUCUCAAUAUCCUCAACUCCUCCAAUGGACUUCAUACCGCUGACUUCUAGGGUAAAGGCAAAGAAAGAAGAUCUUUCCUCUAGCAUACACUCCUUGUCCUCCCCUUCCUCACCAUUUUCUUUUAUGAAUGCCUUCAAAAAUGUGGAGGAGGUAUCCUUCCAGUCCCUGACAAAUGGGGGCGAUGGUAAACCCAUCUCUUUCAAACCAGACACAAACUACAAGUUCAGCACUUUUCUCAUGAUGUUGAAGGACUUGCAUGACACGAGAGAGCGAGAGGGCACCCCCUUAGAACUGGAAAUUGGGCCACCAAGUGCACAUGUGAAGAAGGAACCCUUAGUGAUGCCUGGGGAGGCGACACCCGCAGGCCAAGAUCAACAAAUUGAACAUAGUAAUAAAAAUCUAUAUUUAAGUCCAGACCAAAUUGUAAUCAAACACAAUGAGAAGAGCACAAGUCAGAUGUCCAAAAGGCCCUAUAACAGAAGGGGCAGCACCACCACGGUGAAAAAGAAAGCCAACCGCAAAGUGCCUUGUCGUCCUGCCAGAUCUGGACCUGGUUUCCCAGGACUGGAGUCACUGCCAGCAAUGGACUCUUCAUCAGGAGUGGAUUGCUCAUCAAGAGUCCAGUCCCUGUUGGGCAUACAGACCAGCUGCUGGAAUAGGCAAGCUGUCGGUGGUGAAGGAGUAGUUGGGGAGGAGAUGGAGGAGGAUGGGUGGGGCAAAGUAAAUGAGAAUCUACAGAACAUGGUGCCUUUGGAGCAGAGGGGGUGCGACACUAUGCUGUGUCUGGAACAGCCAAAUGGCCUUGACGCAGACUGCACUGAGACUAACACUAGCUUGAUGCACAACGCUGGAGAAGGUGACAAGGCUCCAAAAGCACAUAAACGAAUUAGAAAACCAAGCAAGAGGCUGAUCGAAUGGACUGAAGAGUAUGAUCAGAUUUUCUCCACCAGGAAGAAAACCAAAAAGCCUCUCCAGUUGAUUGGAAAGGACAAUCAGCCCAUCUUGGCCAUGUCCGAACCCCCGGAAUCAGACAACAGCGCACACGACCAGCCAUCCGUGAACUCGCUUCCUGAAAUACAGACGCCACCUCCCGAGGACAUUGCAGCAGCAGCAGCGCCCUCUGAGCUACAAAUUCCCGGCACUGAAAACACAUCCCCCCAAGAAGCACCGGUGCUCUCCGUAGACACACUAACCCCUCCUCCUGAAUCUGACGUCUCGCUGUCCGAAGGCCCCGUCAAACGCAAGGAAGGAAAAGUUCCCGUGCUGGAGAAGAAGCGGAAGAGGAAACCCACUCAGAAGAUCCUGGAGUAUUGUAUCGAGGCAGAGGCCUCAACGGUCCCCAAGAAGAAGGUGAAAACAGUGAAGAACAACACGAAUCCUGAUCCCCAAUCAGAUGCCGGACCACCAUCUUUAAUAUCAAAGAGUAAUAAGCAGCUCGUAGCCUCCAGCUCCACGCCGACGCCAACAGAGGCGUCCGCCUGUGUGCCCGCAGAUGCCCCUCCCGGCUCUCCGGGCCCCUCCUCUCCGGCACCGUCCGAACCCGCCCACGUGGAGACGGCAUCGGAAGACGUUGAUGCUCCUCAAGCGGAAGACAAAAGGGACACGGCGGAGUCGGAGGGUGACCUGUCCAGCUUGGAUCAAAGCUUCUCCUCGAUGAAGGACUACUUGUCGCUGUGUGACGAUACGCUUUUACCCUCCAGGAAGAUCAUAGGAGACAGAGGAGGUCCUGCCUCCAUGAAGGAGAACAUAUGUCAGGUGUGUGAGAAGACGGGGGAGCUGCUGCUCUGCGAGGGUCAGUGCUGUGGAGCCUUCCACCUGCACUGCAUCUCUCUGGCCGAGGCACCGAAAGGGAAGUUCGUCUGUCCAGAGUGCAAAUCAGGCGUCCACACCUGCUUUGUCUGUAAAAAGCGCAGUGAGGACGUGCGUCGCUGUAUGAUUCCUGUGUGCGGGAAGUUUUACCACGGCGAGUGCAUCGCCAACUUCGCCCCGACCGCACCUGUGAACCGAGGCUUCCGCUGCUCCAUCCACGUCUGCCUCACCUGCUUCAUCACCAACCCCAACAGCUCGUCCAUCGCUAAAGGUCGUCUGGUCCGGUGCGUGCGCUGCCCCGUGGCCUAUCACGCCACAGACCUCUGCAUGGCGGCCGGCUGCGUCGUGCUCUCCAACAACAGCAUCAUCUGUCCCAACCACUUCACCCCCCGCCGCGGCGUCAAGAACCACGAACACGUCAACGUCAGCUGGUGCUUCGUCUGCACCGAAGGGGGCAGUCUGCUGUGCUGUGAGUCCUGUCCGGCUGCGUUCCACCGGGAGUGUCUGAAGAUGGAGAUGCCGAAAGGCAGCUGGUACUGCAACGACUGCAAGGCUGGGAAGAAACCUCGCUUCAAGGACAUCCUCUGGGUGAAGGUUGGCCGGUACAGGUGGUGGCCGGCGGAGGUCAGCCAUCCCAAAACGAUCCCGGAGAACAUCCAGCGGAUGAAGCACGAUGUCGGGGAGUUUCCCGUUCACUUCUUCGGCUCCAACGAUUACCUGUGGACGUACCAGGCCAGGGUCUUCCCUUAUAUGGACGUGGACGCCAACAGCAAAGAGAAGAUGGGGAAAGGCGUCGAUGCCACCUACAAGAAAGCUUUGGAGGAGGCGGCUGUUCGAUUUCGGGAGCUGCAGGCGGAGAAGGAGCUUCGGCAGCUUCAGGAGGACAGGAAGAACGACAGGAAGCCUCCUCCGUACAAACACAUCAAGGUGAACCGACCAAUAGGGAAGGUGCAGAUCUUCACGGCCGACCUAUCGGAGAUCCCGCGAUGUAACUGCAAGGCGACGGAUGAGAGUCCGUGUGGGAUGGACUCCGAGUGCAUCAACCGCAUGCUGCUGUACGAAUGUCAUCCGCAGGUUUGUCCGGCGGGCGAGCGCUGCCUCAACCAGGCGUUCAGCAAGCGUCAGUACAGCCAGGUGGAGAUCUUCCGGACGCUGUCUCGUGGCUGGGGACUCCGCUGUGGCCACGACAUCAAGAAGGGUCAGUUCGUUAGCGAGUAUGUCGGGGAGGUGAUUGACGAGGAGGAGUGCAGGUCCAGGAUCAGACACGCCCAGGAGAACGACAUCUGCAACUUCUACAUGCUGACUCUGGACAAGGAUCGAAUCAUCGACGCCGGGCCCAAAGGGAACGAGGCUCGCUUCAUGAACCACUGCUGUCAGCCGAACUGCGAGACGCAGAAGUGGACGGUGAGCGGAGACACCCGGGUGGGGCUGUUCUCUCUCGUCGACGUCGCUGCGGGCACAGAGCUCACUUUCAACUACAACCUGGAGUGUUUGGGGAACGGGAAGACGGUCUGUAAAUGCGGGGCACCGAACUGCAGCGGCUUCCUGGGCGUCAGACCAAAGAACAACCCGCCUCCGUCUGACGACAAAGGCCGUAAGAUGAAGGGGCGGGGCCACGGCAAGAGGAAGAAAAAGGUGGUGGUGGCCAAAGAGCGAGAGGACGAGUGUUUCAGCUGCGGAGACGGAGGACAGAUGGUCUCCUGUAAGAGACCCGGAUGUCCCAAAGUCUACCACGCCGACUGCCUCAACCUCACCAAGAGGCCUGCGGGUCGCUGGGAAUGUCCGUGGCACCAGUGUGACAUAUGUAACAAGGACGCGGCGUCCUUCUGCGAGAUGUGCCCCAGCUCCUACUGCAACCAGCACCGCGAAGGCCUGCUCUUCAUCUCCAAGCUGGACGGCAAGCUGUGCUGCAGCGAACACGACCCCUGUGGGCCCGAUCCCCUGGAGCCGGGCGAGAUCCGGGAGUACCCGCCCGAGCCCAGAGCCCUGACCGCGGGGCUGGGCAUGGCCGUCAUCCCCUCCGCUGCUUCUAACACCACCACCAGUCAGAAACCGACCGCCAGGAAGCUCCAGGAGAUCGGUGCUGCCGGCGGCGGCGGUGGUGGCAUCCCGCGUCCCUCCGAGUCGCUUCCUGCGUUUUCCAUCCCGGUUCCCAUCACUAUUCCUGUCGCCGCGCCAGCUUCCUCACCUCCCCCCUGCAGCUCAGAUGCUCCCAGCAGCCCUCCAGUGUAUGACCUCCCGCACUACUCGCCCAUCUCCUCGUAUGAGGAGGAGAGGGAUGUCUUGGAGGAGGAAGAGGAAGAAGAGGAGGAGGAGGAGGACGAGGAGGGGCUGCUGGAGGAAGUCGAAGAGGAGUCGGAGGAGGAGGAAGAGGGCGAGGUGGGGAGGCAGGCGUCAGUUUCUCAUGAAGAGGAUGGAGAGGCGGUGUUGGAAUAUGUUGAGAUCAAAGAGGACGACGACGAUGACGACGAUGACGACGAUGACGACGAGGAGGACGAGGAGGAGGACAACGAGGAUGAUGAGGAGGAGGACGACGACGACGAGGACGAC